AUGGGUGUGUUCUCUCCUAUCAAUGCGACGUUUGGUGUGCGGGCCGACCAGCUGCUCGAAUCCGACGCGGAUUUCCAGAGGUACCACGGUAAACUGAACAGGAAGUUGCAGAAAUUGAGGAGCCGGUUACAUCUGACCACAAGAGAUACGAAGAAGUACGCGUUGCGGGAGAAGUACACGAAGAUCACCGCCAAUGAGUAUGACAAGAAGAACAAGCUGUUUGGUGUUUUGAUGCUGUUGCACGCGGAGAGGGAUCUGGCGCUGUGUGAGGUUUACAAACUGAGGUCGCGCCAGAGGAACAAGCUGAAGAAGUCUGAGGCCAAAGUUGUGGCCACCAGAUUAAAGAAAGCGGUGAAAACGUCGCAGAGACUCGUAGAAUUGACGCAUAACGAGGCCCAAUGGAUAACGCGGAGCCAGUUUCUAGUCUACGCCAAACUGGCUAAAAUUGAGUACUUGCUGUACGCCAAAAAAUCUAAACACAAGGACAGCGAGGAAAUCUCGAGGCAAUUGUCUCUAGUGUUUGCCGCACUGAACAGGCUGAAGUCCGAGGGUCAUCUCCCUGAGGAGCUGUACGAGUCUAUUCGUCAGAAGUACGAGUACACUUUGACACAACAUGCGGGGAACUUACUAACCUCCAACGAGUUGUCGAAGUUCAUUAACACCGCCGUUUUGCAGAAUAAAGACGACGAACUGGUUGCACUGCUGCUUGCUAAUGACUACACUGUAGAGGAUCCUGCCUUGGAGGUCGCUGCAGAGGAUGCUGUUGAGUCUGUGACGGAGGUAAACUGGAGGUCGUUCAAUUGCAAGAUCACGGACAACCAUUUGACAAAGCUAAUGCAAGAUGCCAAGCUCGUUGACGAAUAUGCCUCCGCUGCUGAAUUUGACAACCACUCUUUGAAUUGGCAAGAAGCACUGGCCUUCCAAAGGAACCGUAUGUCGCACAUGGACGACGAUGAUAACGACGAGAACGAACAGAUUCUGUUGGCGUACAUCAAAUAUCAAGCAAUAUUCAUCUCUGUGUUACGCGAAAACUCCCUUUUCAACGAUUUGUGGAUGCAAUGGACCCGCUUGGGGACGUCCGUGUCAACGAGAUUAGUCAAAUCGAAGGAAUUGGAACGCAUAGUCAACAACCUGCAGAAAUACUUGCAUGAUAUUGCCGAACUACCAGGUGUCUACUCUGAUGACCAAUUGUUAUCCGAGUUUGAACUUUACAAGGUCUAUCUUUUGUCGUAUCUAAACGCAGGGUGCUUGGCGCACAUGUACAGGGCAAACGGCCAGUAUUUGGAAGCCCUAGCUUUGUACGUCGAUGCGUACAAAAUAUUGGAUGCAAAGAUCGCUGAAAUUGAGAAUUGGGACUCCUUGGUACUACCGGAAAGUUUGUUGUCUAAGGAUUUGAUCGAUGAACUUCUGGCGAUGAUCAAAACAGAUAUCUCUAGUGUGAUUGCGUUGGCAGAAUACGAAAAGGAACUACAAGGGAAGCUCGCAACCGGUAAACGUGCUAAAUAUCAGAGGACCGUAAUUGAGAAAAUAGACCACGAUUGUAUAUCAGUCACCGAUGCAAGGAUAAAAAACUUGUUCCCAUUGAGACCUAUCUUGAGACCCGCUGGAGCAAAGGCCACCUUGUUUGAUUUGGCGUUUAACUACAUUAACUACGCGGAAGAAACAGUAACAACGACCUCCCUUGAAGACGAGGGCAGUGAACCACAUCGUGCUGGCGUUGAUGCCUCCGAAGAAAUAGAGGUUGAUGAGAAACCGCAACCAACCGGCAAGAAACGUGGCUUUCUGGGAUUGUUUGGUCGCUAG